AUGGAGCAAACUUAUGCUUUUUCCUGUCAACGCUGUAAACAACCCUUAAAAAUUGAUGAAACGCUAGCGGAUCUGGAUGCAGAUUCCGUAGAUAUCUUGUUAGCAAGUCCGGAGGAGAGUAUAACUUCAAGAUAUACAGACCACCGGCUCGGAAAUACCGGAAUCAAGACGAGUUCUAAACAAAUUUCCUUUAAUGAUAUUGAAGAUAAUAAUGAACUGUCAGCGUCAAACUCAAGAUCUGUUUCUUCCCCAAGGAAUCCUUCUGGACUUUCGCGAUCUCCUAAUGGAAGCAUUAGUAACAAAGAAUCGUUCUUAGCACCCUCUGAAUCAUAUGUAAUGUUAUCACGUUCACAAGUCGCACCACAUCAUAACGAUCAUUCGUUACCAGAGCGAAAUUCACUUGAUGGAAAAGCCGAAGAAAGAAAAAAAGCGGAUUGGAGUAAUCGACUUAAAAUCGCAAAUCGAUUAUUUGAU